AUGGCGGCUAAAAUAGCACUAGCUGUGGGAUUAUUCAUCGUAAUCUGUGGGUCACCUGGUCUAAAAUCAUCCCAGGUAGUUCCAGAUGGUCUGGUUUACACCGAAGUCAAGAAGAAUCUGGUCCAAGGAGUUCAAGGUGUUCUUACUUGUCGCUUCGAUGGAGUCCCAUUGGCAGUCUACUGGAGAAAGGGCCUUGAUCCUGAUGAUCUAAGCCCCGUGGUAGCAUGGCAUGAUGGUAAAGUAUCAGGUCCAAGAUUCGAAGAUGGGAGCUGUGACGUGGACGAAAAUUAUUCCUUGAUCAUCAACAAUGUCUCAACGGCAGAUGCUGGAAGAAUGUACUGCACAGUUUCUAACAACAAUGGAGUUCUGAUGAACAACUAUACUGAUAUUUUAGUUGCAGGUCUAAAAGCAUCCCAGGUGGUUCCAGAUGGCGUGGUUUACACCGAAGUAAAGAAGACACUAGUCCAAGGAGUUCAAGGGAUUCUAACAUGUCACUUUUACGGAAAACCACUGGCAGUCUACUGGAUUAGGGGCCGUGAUCCUGACGAUCUAAGCCCCAUGGUUGUUUGGCUUGAUGGAGAAGUAUUUGGACCAAGAUACGAUGAUGGAAGUUGUGACGUCGACGAAAAUUAUUCCUUGAUCAUCAACAAUGUCUCAAUGGCAGAUGUUGGAAGAAUGUACUGCAAAGUUUCAAACUACAAGGGAUUUAUAAUGCAAAACUACACUGAUACUUUAGUUGUAGAUACUGCAAUCACAACAAAUCCACAAGCCACUCUGCAGAUGCGUCAAGCCACUCAUAGUAUCCUGCAAUGCACCGUUCACAUCAAGGCCAGAAGAGUCUCUUGGAAAAAAGGAACUACUUCCUCAGCGAAUGAAAGCUUGGUGGUAAUUGAAAACAACCAAGUUGUUGCUAAAAGAACUGGUGCUCGGUACGACGGCCAGUACAACAUCACCCAAGAUUACUCGCUGGUCAUCAACCAGUUACAGAUCCAUCGUGAAGGUCUUUAUGUUUGUGAGGUGACCGACUUUGACACUGGGAUAUCCUUUCGGAAUCACACAUUUGUUAAUGUGGUUGCCAAGCCUCUGGAACCGUUUCCAAUCAUCCAGGAAUGUCUGAAUACUGAACAGCAUGACUCAAACUACUGCAUCCUGGUCGCCAAAUCCGGAAUGACUCUCACAUGCCAAGCGAUGAAGUACUACCCCUCUAUCAACCUUGUAUUUCUAUACGGGUCCAGAGUACUUGAGCCUUCAGAUACAAGAGAAUGGAAUAACACAGACGGGACGAAAAACAAAACCAUCACUAUUGCCACCAAGGGUAACAAAGAAUUGUAUACAUGUGUGGCUUCCAGUAUUCCAGGAACUAAUGAAAAUAAAUCCACAUCUGUCUUACUCCAAGGUGACGAACCAGUGAAGUCAACUGUGGUGGUAAUCUUAGUUUAUUUUGCUUUAAUGAUACUCAUCUCCUCAACGGCAUAUUUCAUUUGGAGAAAGAAACAACAAAAAGAGGUUUUGCAAGCACUUGAACAACGUCUUAGUGAGGUAUUGAUGCAGCAUUACAGAAGGACAUCUGACUGCAUUGACAAGAAACGUACUAUGAAGGCUAAUGACAUUACUGAUAUUAGGACUGCUCUCUGUGAUACUCAUCAAAUGCUGAUUGAUUGGCGUGAAAGUCAGAGAUCUACAAGAAACCAAGAAACGAUCGACAUAGAAACUGAGUCAGCUUAUGCCUGGCCUUCUAACGAGGAACUCAAAACGAUUUCACGUCAUCUCACACAAGAAUCGAUGAAGGAAGUCUGUAUGAAACUAAACAUUGACUGUCAAUAUGAUGAUGCUAAUGACGAAGGGGAACGGUUCAAAACUCUACGUAAAUGGAGAACCAAGGCGUCAGCUAAACCUUUAGAGGAUAAAUGGAAGCAAUUGUUUUCAGCCUUGGAAUCAAACCAGCUUGAAGGUUUGCUGCCAACUUUAAGAGGACCAUACAUUUACAAAGCUGAGUUAGUUGAUCUGGCUUUUCAUCUGCUCAUGCAGGAUCUUAGUCCUGUCGCUAAAGAGCUGGGUAUCAAUGUCACUAAACUGGUAUCAUAUCGACCCGUAUUCAGUCCUUCACACCUUGAGAGUAGUACCAUCAACUUACUCAUUGAACUCUACUCAUCCAUUAGAGACACCAGCCUAACAAAACCAGAACGAAUGGUCUUCUUCAGGAAAAUAGCGAAUUCCAAGUAUGAUAGUGACGCUAUUACAGGAAUGUUUGAGUACAACAUGAGCUAUGGUGAGCUGUGUUCUAUCUCGGAAGCAAUCAAUACAAACCUAGAAGGAAGUGCUGAUCAAGCUACUUCCGGCAUGCUUCAAGGUUCAGGAAUCUGCGAAUCACUUCAGAAUGUGCUACAGCUGACUGAUCAAGACAAAGCUGACGGUUUCGAUGCCUCACAACCAUUAACAGCAUUUGCGCUGUUAAAGAUAUGGAAAGAGAAGCCACGUCCGUCGGUUUUCAACUAUCGUGCGGCUUUAGCUUAUGAACUGCGGAGGACCCAGAUGCCUGGUCUCGCAGAUGAAGUAGCUGCAGGCAAAUACAUGAAGGAGGGGACAAGUCUUGCAUUCAUUGAAGACAUGGUUCGGGGAUUAAAAUCAGAUCAGCUGGAAUGCCUUAGGAAUAUACUAAAACUGAGUGGAACAGACCGCUGGUCUACGAAUACACCCUCAGAUACGAUCUCCAAGAAGAUCUUUGACUGGGUGGCAAAAUGGACAAAUGCAAUGGAGACUUGUCGGAAAUCCCGUGCCAGACAACCUGUCAAAACAGACGUGACAACAGUCCCCGGUGGCUCCGUGUUAGGAGACGUUAUUGCGACGAGAAUGCUUCUUGAUCACAGGAAUCUAAAUGAUCUGCUCGUACAGCAUGGUUUUCUAGAUUUCGCGCGUGCGGAUAAAGGUUGCCUAAUGCUACGUUUACACUAUGUUCCCGACGGCCACGGUAACCCCGUUUCUGGCCACCGUGGACGAAACGGGAUUGACGUGACACAACGCGGGGGACCGUAUGGGCGAACGUGA